UUUGGACUCACGCGGCGGAAAUGUAAAAUUGGCCACCCUUUCAGCCAUAGCUAGCGAUUUGGGUCAACGUUUAUUCUUCUCCAUUGGUGAUAAUCCCAAGGACUCACGUCUCCAGAUACGCGAUGUUAAACCAACGGAUGGUGGUGUCUACCGCUGUAGAAUAGAUUAUUUCAAUUUUCCAACGCGUAACUAUAGAAUUAAUUUAACAUUGGUUGUUCCUCCAGAAGAGCCUCGCAUAUUUGAUGCCCAAGGUAAUGAAAUUGCCCAGGCAGGACCAUUUCGUGAGGGUUAUGAAAUGUUUUUAUGCUGUCAAGUUAAAGGAGGUAAGUUGAUAAUCAAAAAUGAAAGACGAAGAAACAUAAAACUGAAAAAAACUACUUAA